CAAAAUCUUCCAGUUUGAGCAAAAAUGGGUUUAAACGGUCACGCACGAAGCCCCAGGGAGGCUUUCCAUUUUUAAAUUGAGGCUCAAAAACUUCUCCACUGUCUUAGCCUAGAAGGGUUUCUCUCGAUUCUCUUCGACAUCCCUUCCGAUCAAUACUCUCCUUCCUCCCCAGAAUGAGUAGUCGUAAUCCGGAGGUUCUAUGGGCUCAGCGUUCGGAUAGGGUUUAUCUGACCGUUUCUUUACCGGAUGCCAAAGAUAUUUCUGUCAAAUGUGAACCUCAUGGGUUAUUUAGCUUCUCUGCAAAGGGGUUGCAAGGUUCAUCUUUUGACUUCACUUUGGAGCUCUUUGGCUCCAUUGUGCCGGAGGGCUGUAAAACUAAGGUUAGCUUGAGGAACAUAAUUUGCUCCAUCCAAAAAGAACAAAAAGGUUGGUGGAAAAGGCUCUUGAAAACAGAAGAAAAACCUGCUCCAUACUUGAAGGUUGACUGGAACAAAUGGUGUGAUGAAGACGAGUCAGACUCCGCUUUGACUUCUGAUGACGAACUUGAAUAUAUGGGCCAAGAUGAUGGAAGAGGCUAGAAUGGAGGAAUGCUCUGAGGAAGAAGGAUUACUCCUUGCUUAAGUCAGUACCCGACGGUACAAUGAAUUGCCAUAUUAGUCUAUUGAUCUGACUCUCAUGCUCAUUUCAAGCUUGAAGGCAAUUGCCCCCGCAAAGACCACAACCUUCAUCAAGUCUUAUUGCAUCAACUAUGGCUCACAUUCAUUAAGAAAAUGGGCAGAUACCUUGAUAGUUUUUUGGGACCAUGUCUCGACCUAUCAACCACUUGGUUGCCAUUUUCUCUCUUUUUCGAAUUUUUCAUAGACCGUGAAAAUUUUGGCUGGCUUGUCUUUCAAAUUUUUCUUAGAAGUAGAAUUUUUCAAAUUUUAUUAUCUUGUAAAAGAACAAUGAUUAUCAAAUGUAAUGGGUUCUAAUGAUCUUCUACUUCUUAUCGACACUACUUGACAGAUUUACAGACUUGGAAUAGGCAAGAGGAAGCUAGAAAAGGCGGCUGGAAAUAGCCAACAACUUGAAGGUGAAGUUUGUAUAGUAAUAUCUUAAAACAAUUAGAUUGCUUUCUUGAUCGGAGUUUUGUAUCAUGUCUGAUUGGUGCUAAUAAAAUUGUCUAAACUGACGUUAUUAAGUGGCACUUAGACAUUUGACAGCUCUCUCAUUAGCUGAUUUUGCAGCCUUGUUGUUCAUCAAUUUCUUCUUUCGCCUUGUCAUAUAUUCAUGUUCCCUUACCUUUUAAGAUUGAAAUGGUGUCUUUAUUUUCUGCUA